CAAAAACGACAACAUUUCUAUUCGCCAAUUCAACAUGUCCCUCCCACUCACAGGCAAAGGCGGCAAAGACACCCGUGCACAGGCCCUAGAAGAUGAAUUCGAGAAGCGCCCCGAUCCCGUCGCGCUGACGCAAAACCCUGACCCCUCAAAGAACAGCUCCUCGGGAGUAGACUACGAACCAUAUCCGGAGAAGUCCAUACCGCUAGAGCCGGAAAGGGAGAAGAUAGUCCAAUCGAUAUGCAACCUAUAUUCUGGUAGCGCGAGUAAGGAGGAUAUGAUGGUGUAUGCGGAAGAGGCGAUCUACGACGACCCGUGGAGUUAUUGCGAUACGAGGUACAAGAUUGCGGGACAGUGGUAUGGUAUUCCCAAGAUCAUGAAGUCAUCAAGGACUAUCAAGACACAGGUGCUUUCCUCUAAGCCCGAUGAGAUCAUCUUCAAGCUGCAGCAGGAGUACACGCCUCUGCCGAUGCCGAUUGCCAAGAAGGUGAACAGUUUGGUGACUUUGACGCUGGAUAAGGAGGGGAAGGUGCGGUAUCACAAGGAUAUGUGGAAUGAGAAAGAUUACAGUCAUGAGGGCCUCGGCAAGAUUAUGAAGGAGCUGAACGGUGAUUAUUUGACGAAGCUUACGCAACCCCCGGAGGAUUUGUAGGCGUCUAAUUGCGUAUUGAAUGGACGUUUGCCAUUGUGCUUUAGGUCAAGUUUCGAGCUCAAGCUAAAUAAUGCGUGUCGUCAACCGCGUGUUUCGGUGUUCUUGUGUCAGGGUUUCUAUAGUCAUUAUAAUGAUCACCAGAUGAGUUUCAGACAAAACGUUGAAUUGAUU